AUGGCCGUGCGUAGCCGUGCCCUGAAGUGCAGUCCCUCUCUGCCUCCCCUGCGCCGCCAAUUCCAGGGACCCAGCAGAAGCAUAAGCUUCGUUCAAGGAGACGUGGUCCAUUGGGCUGGGGACGUUCUGGCCACCUCCACCUCGAAGAAUUUGGAAGGUGUGAAACGCGCACAUUGGUGGGGAUUUGCCGGGAGGUACAGUGCGGAUGCCGCAUUGCACCUGCAUGUGGGAGGGAGUCUUCAGCAAGAGUGCCGAAAACAUAUGUCUGAGCUGAAUUUUGGUGACGUGCUUCGCACAAACCCUGGACCUCAGUUGAAAGUCAAGCAUCUCCUCCACACAGCAAUUCCAAGUUACCCAGCUUCGCUUGAUCCUGCAUCGAUGCCGCUGCAUCUGGCAUCGACCUUAGCCCACAUCAUGAGCGUUGACAAGGCCACCUCGCUACUACGCAACAGCUUCAAGCAGCUCCUGGAAACAGCUGCCAAUCUCCAUGCCCAGUCGCUUUGCUGCCCCUGCCUGGGCUGUGGCAUCCGCGGAUGGCCAGCACACACAGUGGCCCAGAUAGGCCUAGAGGCUUUGGCUGAGUUUCAAAGUGAGGCUGUGCCCCAUGUUGAGUUUCGAUGCAUCGACCGUCAUGUACUCGGAGCUUGGAUUGAUCAAGCGGUCGCAUUAGGCUUCAAGGAGAAUUCAGAGCCAGAGACCUUUUGUAGCCACCUUGCCUAG